AAAAGCUGCACCCUUCCACCUGUUCCCCCCCACCCUCAGCGCGAGCCUUUAACAGGCUUGUCAAACUCGAGGCCUGCGAGCCGGAUGCAUCACGUGCUGGCCACGCCCACAUCCAGUUUAGCACUGGGGGGAAAAGUUUUGAUACCUCAGGUGACACUGCCGGGACGACGACGUGAGGAUUGUAAACAUGACCGAUCAAGAACAGCGAAUGAACUCACUGAAGAAAGAAGUGCGGUCACUAUUGACACCUAUCAAGGAAGGUCUUACCCCUUGCCAAUUAGAACAAGAAUACAAGUUUAUGAUAGGAAAAAUGCUUCCAUUGCGUAUGCUGGGUUACCAUUCUGUUAUGGAACUAGUGAAGGACAUGCCUGAUACUGUUAACAUAUCUCCACAAAGAGAUGGUACUGUUAUUCUCAAAGCAAUUGCUGAUGAAUCUACCAAAAGCAUUGCAAGCUUGGUCGCCAGACAAAAGAGCAGAUCUAAGCCACAACAUUCCAAACAUAACCCGAACUUCUCUUUGCCUUCCACCUUUUGCUCCCAAGUGCCUUUGCACCCCCAGCAUUCUCUAAAUUUGCCUCGGCAUGGGGGAGGUCCUCCUAUUCUGCCCCCUGUUAUAAAAAGUGAGCUGAAGGAAAUGCUCAGAUUUUCCCCCGUUUUGCUCUCAGAUUUUGACAAAGCCUUUACUCAACGCUUUGGGCGCAAAUUUGAAUUUGUGCGUUAUGGAUUCUUCUCAAUGUUUGAAGUGCUGAAUGCAGCUUCGGAUAUUAUCCAAAUUGUGCAAACAAGAGCAGGUUCUCUGUUGAUGUUAAAAGAACACCCUCUUACGAAGCAAGCAGAAAUGUCCGAGUGCAAAAUGGCAGUCCAGUCAUGUGAAACAGAGCAAACUUUGCCUUCUGCUGUACCAGAACCUGUGGCAGAGAUGCCUUCUCCAAUCCUGCCAAUGGAUGCUCUGUGUUCAACCGCAGACCAGAAAUCUGAUGAUUUGCAAAUACAGAUGAAACUAGUUGAAAGUCCAAAAGAGAGAACUGAGCUCAAGAAAGAAAUUAAGAUUGCCUUGGCCCAAAAAGGACCGGGAGGAAUUGUCAGCUCAGAACUUAAAAAAAAAAUUAAAAUUACGAACAAACAAAUGGUAAGAUUUCUCAGUCUGGUUUAUUAGCACAGCAGGAGGCCUCUGAAGAGCAAGAACUUCCCACUUGGGAUUCCCCGUCUGAGGAUUCUAAGAAACUGGAGACUCAGUUCAAUGUAGUAACAACGAUGUUAAUGCCGACAGUGCUAUGCAAAACUUCCUGCCCAAGUUAUUCCUGGUUGUUUAGCCUGGGUGAAGCCAAGCAAGGGUGAUUGGUCUGUCGAUGCUAUAAAGGAAUUCCGAAGACUCUGUGAGCUGAAAUUGCUGGUGGGAUUGGUAGAUGAAUAUAUAAAUGAUGUCCUUUACCUCUUCCUUUGUGAUACCAGUUCCGAUGAGGACGUCUACUUGCACAAUGUUUUGAAUUCAGAGGGUCAUGCACUCAUUUGUAGGGAGAACAUUCCUUCCAAGGGCUUCAACGAGCUAAAUCCUUUUACGCUAUACAUGAAACUGCACAGAAACCAGCCUGCUGAUUUCACAGAAGCAGACCCUUCAUUGCUUCAGGAGGAUUUUCUUGUGAACUUCCCAGGAACAAAUUCAGAGACUUGCAAUAAUGAAGAAGUUUCACAGCAUACAACAAGCCAGUCCUCAGAUCCUGAAGUACCAUACCUGGAGCCGGUGUAUUUUUGCCAAGAAAUUUGGGAUGAGAACUGGUUGCCUUCAUCAUCUUAUGAACAAAAGAAAAAUGAGGAUGCUUCUGAUAAUUUACAUCCUGAUUUUAUGGUAGUUUCUGACCAGACUUCAGGCCAUGAAAGCAACAAAAAUAAGAUCCAACACAACCAAGGUGUGAUUCAAAAGACCGGGGAUGUGUCCAGUGCCAUUGAGAUAGCAGAUGAUCCAAGUCUGGAACAUCCAAAUGAAAUUCUGAGCUUGGCGACAGAAACCAAGGUAAUUUGA